GGUCAGCAGAUAGAGUUAGUAGCCCCAGGAGCAUAAGCACUCUGGGAACCUCACUUCCACUCUCACCCCCAGAUUGCCAAGGACAUGGAACGCUGGGCCCGCAGUCUCAACAAACAAAAAGAAAACUUCAAAAAUAGUUUCCAGCCUAUCAGCUCCCUGCGAGAUGACGAGAGGCGGGAGUCGGCCACUGCAGAUGCUGGCUAUGCCAUCCUCGAGAAGAAGGGAGCACUAGCCGAGAGACAGCACACCAGCAUGGAUCUCCCGAAAUUGGCCAGUGACGACCGCCCGAGCCCUCCGCGAGGGCUGGUGGCAGCCUACAGCGGGGAGAGUGACAGUGAGGAGGAGCAGGAGCGUGGGGGCCCCGAGCGGGAGGAGAAGCUCACCGACUGGCAGAAGCUGGCCUGUCUGCUCUGCCGACGCCAGUUCCCCAGCAAAGAGGCGCUCAUCCGGCACCAGCAGCUCUCAGGGCUCCACAAGCAAAACCUUGAGAUUCACCGGCGAGCCCACUUGUCAGAAAACGAGCUAGAAGCACUAGAGAAGAAUGACAUGGAGCAAAUGAAGUACCGGGACCGUGCAGCUGAACGCAGAGAGAAGUAUGGCAUCCCCGAGCCGCCAGAGCCCAAGAGGAGGAAGUACGGCGGCAUAUCCACAGCCUCCGUAGACUUCGAGCAGCCUACUCGGGACGGGCUGGGCAGUGACAACAUUGGCAGUCGCAUGCUCCAGGCCAUGGGCUGGAAAGAGGGCAGCGGCCUGGGCCGCAAGAAGCAGGGCAUUGUAACGCCCAUCGAGGCCCAAACACGGGUGCGGGGCUCCGGCCUGGGUGCACGGGGCAGCUCCUACGGGGUCACCUCAACCGAGUCCUACAAGGAGACACUGCACAAGACAAUGGUGACCCGCUUCAACGAGGCCCAGUGAGCAGCUUCAAGAGCAACUUCUCCACAUGUCGGGUGUCCAUCCUGGGGCAGGGAAGGACAGAGUGUUGGAUGGCUGGGACGGAGCCUUGCUCUUGUCGGCCAGCCCACUCCCCAGCCAGAGAGGGCUUGACCAAAUCAAACUGAGGUGGUGACUUUUGUUGGAAAAUUGGGCUGGGAUCAUGUCCUUUUUUGUAAUAAAAGCUGAAAAGCCUGCA